GUUUUUAGUUAGUUUUAUACAAAGAAGUGGAUAAACGGUUGUGUUCCAUGAGACCUCAAUGGAUGUGAUAAAUCCUGUGCUCCGGCACCACCAUCACCACCGCUGCUCCUUCAAUUCCCCAAAUCAAUCAAUAUCCUCAUUACUACUACUACUCCGCAGAAAACCCACUUUCAAUUCCCCCCAAAAGUUUCUUUUUUCACCAAUUUCUUGCUCUUCUUCAACCUCGCCGUCACCACCUUCUCCGUCGCCGGAAGUUGGUUCAGAGACAGCAGAAGCUUGCGUCAAUUUGGGCCUCACCCUCUUCUCUAAAGGACGGGUUAAAGAUGCUCUCAUCCAGUUUGAAACAGCGCUUACCUUGAACCCUAAUCCUGUGGAGGCUCAAGCUGCACUUUAUAACAAAGCCUGUUGCCAUGCUUAUAGAGGGGAGGGAAAGAAAGCUGCUGAAUGUCUUCGCACUGCCCUUAAAGAAUAUAACCUGAAAUUUGGAACCAUUCUAAACGAUCCAGAUUUGGCCUCCUUCAGAGUUUUGCCUGAAUUUAAACAGCUACAAGAAGAGGCUAGGCUUGGUGGGGAAGAUGUAGGGUAUGGUUUCAGAAGAGAUCUGAAGCUGAUUAGUGAGGUUCAAGCUCCAUUUCGUGGUGUUAGAAGAUUCUUCUAUGUGGCAUUUACAGCAGCUGCUGGAAUCUCAUUGUUCCUUACUUUUCCUAGACUCUUCCUUGCUAUCAAAGGUGGUGAGGGAGCUCCUGAUAUCUUAGGGACUUCCCAAAAUGUUGCCAUUAAUCUUGGAGGCAUUGUAGUUUUUGUGGCAUUGUUUCUUUGGGAUAACAAGAAAGAGGAAGAACAACUUGCUCAAAUUACCCGAGAUGAAACGCUAUCAAGGUUGCCUCUGCGCCUCUCAACGAAUCGUGUGGUUGAACUUGUGCAGUUAAGAGACACCGCAAGGCCUGUUAUAUUGGCGGGAAAGAAAGAGAGUGUGACUUUGGCUAUUCAAAAGGCGGAGAGGUUCCGGAUGGAGCUCUUGAACCGAGGUGUUAUAUUGGUUCCUGUGAUUUGGGGGGAAGGAGAAUUGCAAAGCGAUAAGAGAGGAUUUGGGGGUCCUAAAAAACCAGCUGCAUCUCUUCCUUCUGUUGGGGAAGAUUUUGAGUCGCGAGCUCAGUCGAUAACUGCAAAAACAAAAUUGAAGUCUGAGAUCCGAUUCAAGGCGGAGGUUGUGGCACCUGGGGAGUGGGAAAGGUGGAUAAAGGAGCAACAAAAAUCAGAGGGAGUUACACCCGGUGAGGAUGUAUAUAUUAUACUACGUCUAGAUGGUCGCGUUCGAAGAUCAGGGAGGGGCUUGCCUGAUUGGAACCAAAUUGUGAAAGAGCUGCCAGCAAUGGAAGACUUAUUAAGCAAACUAGAAAGAUAACACAACACAAUGGUUCAUUUCUAUGCCUUUUGCCAACUUUUAUUUUUUAUAUGUCAUGUCACAGUUAUUAUAAUAAUAUUACACGAAUACAAGGGGGAACUUGAACUUGUGCAUCAAGUAUAUAUAUGUGGUUUUAAAUUCUACUUUGGAAACUUGGUAUAUCCCAGACCCAGUUGCAAAGUAGUUUCAUGGAUGCAUGGAUGCUUUGCUUUAAUUUGGCAUCGUGUUCUUGUAAAAAGCAAUAUUAAGCGUUGGUUGGGUCCUUUGGAUUCUCCUAGCUCCUAACCUAACCAAUAUAUAUAUCACACAUUUGCCCAUCCUAGAUAUAUUGGGAAUCUUAUGUUUUUUAACCAAGUCAAAUGUUGUGUGUGUAUCAAGGUCCCUUGUUCAAUAAGCUAGCUAGCUGGCUGAGAAAGAUUCCAUGGUAUAUGAUAUCAUUGAUUGCAAAAACAGUAAUCUAAUUAUUUACUUUUUGAAUGAUACGAUUUUUAGGAAUAUUUAUCCAUCCAUCCGAUCUACUAGUACUACACAUGAAUUGGUAAAAACUGACACUUGUAAAUUGUAAUAACAACUCAUCCAUGUGGCAAACUCCAAGAGCUACAGAAUACAAUUAAGGAAAGAGGGAAAUUAAUGCUGGAUUUUACAAAAUACGUAAAAUUCCAAAUGAACCAUUGAUUUUUUUAAAAAAAAUAUAUAAAAAAGGAUUCUCGUUUGUAAGAGUUACAUUUGUAAUUGUGGGCUGUGAUGUGAAUGCAAAAUUACCGUUGUAUUUGUACUUUGUAGUAGUAGUAGUAG